AUGUCAACACUUGAUAUCCUCCUUCUUUUGUUCUCUGUGCACGCUCUGGCCUCCCCUUUCGUUCGACGAUCAACUCCCGUUUUCGACUUUGAUGGCGACGCACCUUUCACAGUAAAUCCCAACACUUUGGCCUCAUCCCUUACUUGUCCAUAUGGGAAUCCGACAAGCUCCUCGCCUCCCGUCCUGCUGGUUCACGGGACAGCGACUACAGGAGAGGAGAGCUGGGGCGAUGGCUAUGUUCCGGCACUCAAGGCCGAUGGCUACACAGCUUGUUAUGUUACGAUUCCAAAUCGAUCAAUGGGCGACAUGCAAGUCAAUGCCGAAUACGUAGCAUACAACCUGCAUUACAUCUCAACACUGGCUGGUGGACUCCCGGCUGCUGUGAUUGGGCAUAGCCAAGGCAACCCAAACACGCAGUGGGCUCUUCAAUUCUGGCCCAGCACACGCAACGUGACAAGAGCCUUUGUCGCGCUAUCUGCAGACUUCUCUGGCAUCGACAUUCUUGGCAGCGACACCUUGCUACACGACGUCUGUAAAACUGGUGUAUGCCAAGCAGCCCUCUGGCAGCAAGCCGCGGGUAGUGAAUACUACAAAGCCCUCCAUGCCGCCAACUUCCAGACUCAAGUGCCAACGACGUCGAUCUGGACAGAAUGGGACGGCGUGGUAGCGCCGUUCUCGGAGAAUGCAGAACUACCAGGAGCUACAGUGCUUUCAGUUCAGAGCCUCUGCCGAUUUCGACCAACGACUCACGUUACGAUGACCAUCUCAUCGCCCGCAUACGCUCUGGCACUCGACGCCCUGAACAAUGGCGGCAUCGCAAACCUAUCUCGCGUGAAGAAGCAUGGGUUCGGCAUCUGCGCUCGCCUGACAGCAAAGGGAAUGCGAGUUUCGAUUGCCAGUGACCUGCAGAAACUGCUCGUAAAUCUGGUCGACGGAUUUCUACUUGCUACACCUAUGCUCAAAUCCGAGCCUGCUCUUGCGCCAUACGCGCAACGAGUUUUUGGCUGA